UUCUGGCAGGGGUGGGGCUUUUCUGUACAACACCGGAAGUGAAGGCGAAGCUUCGGCUCUUUUGUCUUGUGAUUUUUGGCAGAGAGCCACAUGUUCAAAUAUAAGGUCUCGGUCCUCUACCUCCCUAAUCUACAAGGUCAGUAGACUAGACAUAAAUAUUCCCAUAUGGUUAACUUCGCCUGAACUCUACAAUCGACCAUAAACGGAAGAAUCUACAAUGAAUCAGGAAACACCUAUCGCACCCCCCUCCUCCCUCCAACCCUCCUCCCCCUCCACCCUCCUGGAGUCCCCGUGUCGUGCCUCUCCCGGUAGCGCCUUACUGCUGGGUAUGAAGAGGUUGUCUGUGCUGCUGGUGGACUGCAGGAAAAGAACAGUGCUGAGGGACAGCCGUAACCGUCGCUCUCUCAGUAGAAGAGGCAUAUCUGGGGAGGCUAACCAACAUGAUGCUGACGAGGCAGAGAACAGUCUCUCCAGAUCAGAACACCUCAAACACCAGCAGAGAUUUACAGGGAAGAAACCUUACCACUGCUCUGACUGUGGAAAGAGUUUCACCUCUUCAGCAAAACUUAAAACACACCAGAGAAUUCAUACUGGAGAGAAACCUUAUAGCUCUUCAGACUGCAGGAUAAGUAUUUCGCAAGUAGGAAACCUAACAAAACACCAGCUGACCGACACAGGAGAGAAACCUUUUAGCUGUGAUCAAUGUGGGGGGAGAUUCACAAAGUCAGGAGCCCUGACAAUUCACCAACGAAUACACACAGGAGCAAAACCGUUUCACUGCACAGACUGUGGGAAGAGUUUUGUUCAAUUAGGCAACCUGAAAAUUCAUCUGCGGACACACACACAAGAGAAGCCUUAUCACUGCUUUGUCUGUGAGAAGAGCUUUUCAACAUCACAGGGUAAUAAGGUGCACCAGAGAACACACACCGGAGAGAAGCCUUACCACUGCUCUGACUGUGGGAAGAGUUUUUCUCAUUCAAGAAAUCUGAUAAAGCACCAGCGCAUACACACAGGAGAGAAACCGUACAGCUGUGAUCAAUGUGGGAAGAGAUUUACUAGCUUAGACUCCCUGAUACAACACCAGAGAAUACACACUGGAGAGAAGCCUUACCAUUGUUCGGACUGCGGGAAGAAUUUUACUCAGGCAAGCAACCUGAAAACACACCAGCGCAGACACCUAGGCCAGAAGCUUCACCACUGUUCAGAUUGUGGAAGUAACUUUUCAGCAUCAAGGGGUUUAGAGCUGCACCAGCGAACACACACAGGUGAGAAACCUUACUACUGCUUCAGCUGUAGUAAGAGUUUUGCUAGAUUAGAUGGACUGAUAGUGCACCAGCGGACACACACAGGCGAGAAGCCUUUUAGCUGUGAUCAGUGUGGGAAGAGAUUUGCUCAGUCAGCACACUUGACUGUACACCGGAGAACACACACUGGAGAGAAACCAUACCAUUGCUCAGACUGUGGAAUGAGCUUUAUUAAUUCAAGUCACCUGAAGGUACAUCAGAGAGUACACACAGGAGAGAAGCCUUAUAACUGUGAUGUAUGUGGCAAAAGUUUUGUUACAUCAGGAAGUCUGGCUUCACACCUUCGAACCCACACUGGAGAGAGGCCUUACCAUUGUACCGACUGUGGGACAAGCUUUGGCAGGUCAUACCAUUUAAAAUCGCACCAGAAAACACACACAGGAGAGAAGCCUUACCAUUGUGCCGACUGUGGGAAAAGCUUUGCCGGGUCAGGCGGUUUAAAAUUACACCAGAGAACACACACAGGAGAGAAGCCUUACCCCUGCUCUGACUGCGGAAUGAGCUUAACCACUUCAGGCGGACUUAAAAGACACAAGAGAACACACACAGGAGAGAAACCAUUCCACUGCUCUGACUGUGGGAAAAGAUUUGCUCAGUCUGGGCAGUUGAUUUUACACCAGCGAAUACACACUGGCGAAAAGCCUUACCACUGCUCAGACUGUGGGCUGCGUUGUACUACUUCAGGGGAUUUAAAAGUGCACCUGCGAACACACACUGGAGAGAAGCCUUUUGGCUGUGAUCAGUGUGGGAAGAGGUUCGCUCAGUCAGGAAGCCUGGUUGGACACAAGAGAACACACACUGGAGAGAAGCCUUUUGGCUGUGAUCAGUGUGGGAAGAGGUUCAGUCAGUCAGGAACCCUGGCUGGACACAAGAGAAAACACCACACUGGUGGGUAACCUUUCCAUUUUUGUUUUUAGCUCAAAACAGUUAAUGGUAGACUGGCAGAGAGUAGCUGUGCAGGGUGAGCUUUCUUAAAUGUGGCCAUGCUUGGUGUAACAAGGAAACUUUAAAUAACUGUCCAUUUAAUUCCACAUUUAUAUUAAUUACAAUAUGAGUGAAAUAGUCUGUGUUUGAAUGGUGUGGGCGUACCCCAACAACAGAAUGGUGUGGGCGUAUACCGGUCAUUAAAAUGAUUCAUGACAAGUUAACAGUGGAUUGGUCAGCUCAGAGAAAGCAGGGAGGUAGCUCCUCCCCCUCUCUCUGCAAGUUUCAGGCAAGUCUGUCCUUUGGGAUAAGGCAUGGGUCCGUUUUUAAAAUGUUCAACCCUGUCUACCAUCCAACUCACCAUCACCAUGAUCACCCCUGUCUACCAUCCAACUCACCAUGAUCAAGCCUGUCUACCAUGGUCAAGCCUGUCUACCAUCCAACUUGGCUGCUAUCAGAAUAGAUGUUCUCUUCUUUCCUUCUCUUGUCUGUAUACUGCAGUUCAUAUUUUACCUGUCAAUGAGACAGCCUUUGAUAUAGCCAUGUGUAUGAGACAGCCUAACCAAUCACAAUAAAGCUUUGAUAUAACCAUGUGUAUGAGACAGCCUAACUAAUAAAGCUUUGAUAUAACCAUGUGUAUGAGACAGCCUAACUAAUAAAGCUUUGAUAUAACCAUGUGUAUGAGACAGCCUAACUAAUAAAGCUUUGAUAUAACCAUGUGUAUGAGACAGAUUAACUAAUAAAGCUUUGAUAUAACCAUGUGUAUGAGACAGCCUAACUAAUAAAGCUUUGAUAUAACCA